AUGAAUGAAAUUCAGGCUGCCUGUUGGAAUAGUACACCUGACUUGUUUAACAAAUCUUGGAGUGGAGGUCAUUACUAUCAGGUGAUCAGUGCAGCAGAAACAAUUAUCCUUCCUUCUCUAAUUGGGAUUAUCUGUUCUACUGGUUUAAUUGGAAAUAUCCUCAUUGUGAUCACUAUAAUAAGAACUAAAAAGAAAUCGAUUCCAGAUAUCUAUAUCUGCAAUCUGGCUAUAGCAGAUUUGGUUCAUAUCAUUGGUAUGCCCUUUCUUAUUCAUCAAUGGGCUCGAGGAGGAGAGUGGGUGUUUGGUAGCCCUCUGUGUACCAUCGUUACAUCAUUGGAUACAUGCAACCAAUUUGCAUGCAGCGCUAUUAUGACGGUAAUGAGUUUGGACAGAUACUUGGCUCUUGUCCAACCAUUUCGCCUCACCCACCUGAGAACAAUAUCUAAGACCAUUCGAGUCAAUUUAUGCCUUUGGAUAGCUUCUCUUAUUCUGGUAUUUCCUGCGUGGGUCUACACAAAAGUAAUCAAAUUCAAAGAUGGUUUGGAAAGUUGUGCUUUUGAUUUAACAUCACCUGACCAUGUACUUUGGUACACACUUUAUCUGACCAUAACAACUUUCUUUUUUCCUUUACCACUGAUAUUUAUUUGCUACAUUCUAAUUUUGUGUUACACAUGGGAAAUGUAUCAGCAAAACAAGAAAGCAGGAUGUUACAACACCGGUAUCCCAAGACAAAGGGUCAUGAGACUGACCAAGAUGGUGCUUGUGCUGGUCGGAGUGUUUGUUGUAAGUGCUGCCCCAUACCAUGUGAUGCAGCUUGUGAAUCUGCGCAUCUCUCAGCCAACACUGGCAUUCUAUGUGAGCUAUUACUCUGCAAUCUGCCUCAGCUAUGCCAGCAGCAGUAUUAACCCUUUCCUUUAUAUACUGCUUAGUGGGAACUUCCAGAAACGUCUGUCUCAGUGCACAAGCAUCAAAGUCAAGAUGACAGAACGGGAAGUAAAUAAUAUUGAAAACACAAUGAAGUCAAGCUUUUAG